CGACGGCAGAAUAAGAGACUUAGCUCAGCUUACGAAUUCUCAGAUCAUCCAGAAAUUAAAAAAACAAAAAAAGCAAAAUCGGAAAAUGGAAGGAGGAGCACUCGUCGGUGGAACUCGCGAUGUUGAUCUAAAUGCUAACGAUCUUCAAGUCGAGAGUCUCGCUCGUUUCGCUGUCGAUGAACACAACAAAAACGAGAACGUGACACUGGAGUACAAGAGACUCCUUGGUGCAAAGACACAGGUUGUGGCUGGAACAAUGCACCAUCUUACUGUCGAGGUGGCUGAUGGUGAGACCAAGAAGGUCUAUGAAGCCAAGGUUUUGGAGAAAGCCUGGGAGAAUCUCAAGCAGUUGGAGAGUUUCAACCACCUUCACGAUGUUUAAAUCUCAUUGCUUUCCAGGCUUGAGUGAGGUCCCUUGUGUGCUCUCUAAAACCACGUGAUAAGAGGUCCUUUCGGGUUUUAACUAAGUUAACUUCUUUUAAAAAUAAGUGAAUGUGAAUCCAGUCUAUGAUGAUGUGUUUGAACUGGGUAUCGUCUGUAUCUCUUGACUUUCGUUUCUGUAUUGCUAUUAGCAAACUCUCACGUUUUAUCUAUUUCCCUUGGUUUUACAAAUGAUUAUAAAUCCCAUGACUAUCUCCAUGACA